CAGAACAGAAUGAGGAUGGGAUUGUUUCGUUGAUAAUAUAUAAAAGCAAUCACUUUGAUGGCACAGCACAUCAGUUGAACUUGCAGAGCGAUCGUAAACGGUUUUAUUCCAAUUGUUAAAACAAUACGCUAGACAAAAUGAAAGCCAUUUUUGCAAUCUUCGUAACUUUUGCUUUGGUUAUGGCAGCAUUCGCCCUACCCGGCCAUUAUGGUGGAUACGGAGGCGGUUUUAAUCAUGGACACGGAGGAUUCGGUCAUCACGGUGGUCAUCAUGGUGGACAUGGUGGAUUCGGGCACGGUCAUGGUCAUGGACAUAGUUUUGGCCAUGGACACGGGCACGGGCACGGGCACGGGCACCACGGUCACUUCCACGGCUAAACAAUCAACUAUCGAUCGUAACAAAAAAGUGCAUUUAAUUGAAUCGUUGAUAUUGUACUCGUGCAUAUCAAUCGGUUCUCUUAACAACAUUCUUUCCGAUUUUGGAUCCACACAAACUGUUCUAAUUUAAAUCAAUUGUUAUAUGUAUGUUCCAUGUUAAAAUUGUGAAAUAAGUAAAUAAAAGUAGUCAAAAUGAUAAUAACAGAA